AUGCGACUCCCUCUAUGUCGGACAAUCAGGUGUAGCGAUAUGGCCGACAGCGAGUUUGAAGAAUUUCGCCGUGUAUUUGACAAAUUACCACAACACAUUAAGGCCCCGACGCCUUUUUACUCAUUAGUGCCAAAUGUCGGAUUUGAAGAUGAAUCGCCCUCUUCAAAGAGCGAGGAAUCACCUGAAGAAGAGAAAGUGUGUGUGGGAGACACGGAUGGGAUAAAGGCGAGCUCAGAUGCAUCGCCUGUCGCUCAAUCUGAUGUAACAGAUGCACAACGCAGCCCCCGACAUCAAACAUUCACAAUCGGUGAAAGAAGGCGAAGAAAACUGCCCGAAAUACCGAAGAAUAGGAAACCGAACAUAGUGCCAGGUAACCAACCGGCUUCGCUUGCUGACGAACUGGGAGCAUUAACUGGUCUUCUUGUACGACCAGGGUGCCAAGGGCGUCCCCUGCUGGUGCUCAAGUGUGGCUAUCUCUUGGAUGAAGACUCCAGUCCUGAUUCCGAAAGACUACAGAGUCUCGGCGAUGUGGACAGCGGGCACAGUACAGCUCAUUCACCCAUUGACACGGGACCAAAGAGCCUGUCGCCGACGCCGUUACAACAAAACGUGUCACCAUCCUCCAGUUGUAGUAUUAGCGGCAUCAACUUCGCUGGAAACGUGAGCACUGUCCCACACAGUCAACUAGAAAUGCUCGAAGCUACGCACAGAGGCCUACAUAAGUUCAACCCGAGACAUCAUGACGAAAUUGAGGUUGAAAUCGGCGAUCCUAUUUACGUUCAGAAAGAAGCAGAAGACCUAUGGUGUGAAGGAGUCAAUCUAAGAACUGGUCAGCAAGGCAUCUUUCCAUCUGCAUAUGCUGUCGACAUGGACUACAAUGACUUCGAUCCAGCUAAUGCCAAAGUGAAACGCGAGAGAUAUUUAUUGGGGUACAUGGGAUCUGUUGAAACUCUCGCUCAUAAGGGGACCGGUGUAGUGUGUCAAGCAGUGAAAAAAAUAGUUGGUGAUUCGAAUGGUGAUAUUGGCGCUCAAGCUUGCAUUCUAGAAGUUUCGGAUCAAGGUCUCCGCAUGGUCGACAGAUCUAAACCAGACAGGAGUCGGAACACACCUUGCAUCGAUUACUUCUAUUCGUUGAAAAAUGUUUCGUUCUGCGCCUUCCACCCGCGUGACCAUCGGUAUCUUGGCUUUAUUACAAAACAUCCUACGUUGCAAAGGUUCGCAUGUCACGUUUUUCGCGGUCAGGAAUCCACAAGACCAGUCGCCGAAGCUGUGGGGAGAGCUUUCCAGAGAUUUUACCAGAAGUUCAUAGAGACAGCGUAUCCAAUUGAGGAUAUUUACAUUGAGUGAACAACGGCUAAGGUGUUACGAGUUUCACAGAUAUUUCGCUGCGUAAUACUAUACCGAUCCACGAGCAAUAAACACUACGAAAGAUGCUUAUCUUUUGUUCUAUAUUCGAUUUUUAUUUGCUUGCAAUAUCUUUCUAUAACUUCCCACGACAGAACGCUUGUGCCAAACAUCUGUGAAAUUAAUAAAAUCUUUAAACUCGCUGUCGAAUCCUGUAUCGCCUUCAAACUUAAAUGUAUUCAUAAUGUAUUAUAUAUAAAAUAAAAAGAUAUACUUAUCUAAAUUUUAAUUCAUCAAUAACAAUAAUAUCACACAAGAGCCUUGCUAAGCGCCUUGCUUUACGUAAUAUAUCAUUUUGAAUAUUCAAAUAUCUAAAAGGAGUCAAAAUAUAGCACGAUUUAAUAAAUAUUAUUAAAAUAAGACCUUGUUGUAUAUUUGAUUUCAUUCUAUACGAUGAUUUCCUUCAUAUUAACAAUCCUAGGAUAUGUUUUCUCAUAUGUUUUAUUUUGUUUCUUUUCAUUAUCUCCAAAUACAGACGAAAAGUAUAAAAGCGUAACAGAAUCUCAAAUACUGUGAUAUAUAUGAAGUUAUUACUUUUUUUUUUGGUGUAGGUGAACCACUUAUUCUUUAAUUAUCUUGAUUUUAACCAUAAUCUAAUACGUUCUACAUAUUAUUAGAAGUUAAAAGUCGUAAUUUAAUAUUUUAUACAGUAUUAAUAAUUAUUAACUUGAUCGUAGACCUUCUAGAUUAGGGAUGUUGGAACACCUCAAUCACUACACCACCAAAUAAAUUUAUUUCCUUCGUAAUUUUAAGGUCGUAUUGCAUAAGACACUUUUUGUAUGAGUUAUAAUUUAUUUCAAUUAAUACAGUUUAUAUCAUUCUAAUAAAGUGGCUAAUAUUUAUUAUAUUGUGUUUAAAAUUUUACCUUUUGCGGCGAUACAACCGACGUUCUAAAAACGAAACGGAUCUCAAUUCGAUUGUAUUAUUUCGUUUUCGUCUUUGUUAUUCUAGAGGCCCGUGUGCUUUUAACCGAUCGACGUUUUUCUUAUUGGGUUUAUAGGAAAUUUUUAUCAUCUGGUCUCAUUUUAGUCAGUCUAGUGCUCCCCAGGGACGUCGGUGACCACUCUUGAAGGAAAUAAUUCUCUAUUCUUGGUUCUUUUCUUUUAAAUCAAUAUUUUUUUCAAUCGAAUCAAAAAUAACAUACUACAAUUUUUGCGGUAACACGUAGACAUUGUUUAUUAUAAAAUACAAAAAUCGCCUUUGAAAUAAAUACUUUCGCAUUAAAUUUAUCUUGUAAAUACUUAAUUAGUAUUGGUUGCAUUUACGUAGCAAUAAGAGAAAUGCAUUUGUAUUGACAUAUUUAUAUAAUGUAGAUUAUAAUUAAGUUCGUUUUGUAGUAUAUAGUGAAAUGAUUUCAACGAGUCAUAGAGAAGACAAAGUAUAUUUUAACAUAGCAUUUUUAUAUAUCAAUCAAAAGUAUUAUGGAGUUAUAGGACAUGCUACGUAAAUGUAAUCUCUGUAUAUAUCACUAAAUAUUCGAUGCAUUGUCGAUGCAAAGCAAAUCUGUCAACAAAGCUGUCUUUGAGUGCUGUGACUCAAUGGAUGAUAGAAUAUAUUUAUUUUUCCAAUACUUCAUAGCGAAUUUGAGAUAAUGUUGAAU